CCCCGGGAAGAAGUUACGAGGUACAAAAUCAGAAAAAUUAAACUAGAUAAUCAGUAGACGAUCGUGACUCUGAGAUCCAAUACAAGCUAGUUAUCGGGAAAGCCUAUUUGUUUAACAAGCCGAUCUUUGCAAAAGAUCUUUUAGACAUUAAAAAUUCUUCAGUUAAGCCUGCGGUGCGGACUCUGGCCUGCAGGAGGCAGGGCAUUUAAACCAUGUGCAGAAAUUUGCUUCCGAUGAAAGCCUUCCUCUGCGCGCUGAUGCUGGCUUCCGGCGGCUACUUGUUUCUGAACGACAUACUUCGCUUGCGGACGGCAGUUUUCCCGGUGGCUGGCGGGCUGACGGCGCCGGUGCUCCGCCUAAGCGAGGACGAAAGGUCAGACUUGGCGCCCGUCACAUUGGUACCGAACGCGGCGCCUGCUACCUUUAUACCGCCAAGCAAGAGAGUAAGGUACGCGAACCUCAGCUGGCAUGGCUACCCCCUGCCUGUGCUCACGUGCCAGUCGAAGGGGCGCCUGGGGAAUCUAAUGGGGGAAUACGCCACCCUGUGGGGCCUGAGGCGCACCUAUAACGUGACCGUUCUCGUCAGCCCCAGAAUGAAGACCGGCCUCAUAAUGUUUCCAGCGCUGUCGCUUCCUACUCUUGAAGCACCUGCAGCCCCUCCCACAGCGCCAGGCCCUUCGCGUAUUCAGUGGCGGAGGGUGGGCAGGAGUGGCGGCUCCCUCUACAACUUCUCACUGGUGGAGGCGGCGUCUGCCGGCCUGCUCGGCCCGCACCACUUCAAGAUCCAAAACAGUCCCUUCGAGAUGCAGCUCUUCGGUCGGUUCAAGGAAGACCUCAGGAGGGAAUUCGCCUUCUCCAAAGGGAUCCGAGACCAGGUGCAGAAGUUCCUGAGUCAGGUGAAGCAAAGCCGGCACGAGCGCAGCGCCUCCGGAACCGGACCAACGUUCGUCGGCUUCCACGUCAGGCGAACCGACUACGGCCGCCACGUAAAGAACCUGUUCCACGGAGAGCUCCCCGGGGUCAGCUACUUCGAGCGCGCGAUGGACUACUACCGGGAGAAGUUUGCCGACGGCGUCGCGUUCAUCGCUGCGUCGGACGACCCGCGGUUCAUCAUCGCAACGCUGAGUCAUAACCCAGACGUCUAUUUCGCUCCAGGAAGGUCGCCGGAGCUGGACUUGGCCGUGCUCGUGUCCUGCAACCACAGCAUCAUCACAAUGGGCAGCUUCGGCUUCUGGUCCGGCUUCUUGGCAGGGGGAGAGGUCGUUUAUCCAGACACCAGAUUUCGGCGCACCUAUAGAUUCGCCAGGAGGAUGUAUGAGGUAGCGCAUCUGGACAACUUCACGCCGCUGCCAGUCUAGCUUCGAGUCCAACUCCAAAGCCUGAGGUCGAAAGGCCAAUAACCGGCUGCGUAAGAGGGAAUAAGGAAACGUGGCAAAGGCUUGUUUUUUUAUUAUAACUCUCUCUAUAUAUAUAUAUUGUUUUUCUUCUUCUUUCUCUCUCCCUUUUUCGUGCAUCCGAGAAAUCUUUGGAGAGCGUACGAACCUCGUCCCAAUUCUCCGAAGAUCUGAUUCUGGAAGACGCAAUUUGGAGUGAGUGCAGCUCGUCCUAUUGAGAACAGCAAACCAAGGAUUGCCUCCUCUUUGAAGAAUGGUCCGUCAGUCAUUUCUAGCCAGACAGUGGAAACUCACGGUAGAUAUGACUCCCUGACGUAAACAGGGAGUGUACACAUUUUUAUUUGAUACAAAACAGACGAUGCAUGGAGGACUAAAGAAUGCCACCCACUGCGUGGGCUUCAGUCUCUCACCCAAUUAGCGCAGAUGUCUCAAGCACGUGACUUCCACGUGGGACGCUGCUCCCGCGCAAGGGUUGUGCGCCAGUGGAGUUUCCCAAGAUAAUAAUAUGUCUAAAAAAUGUAUAACUGCCACCCAGAUCAGGACGCAGAGUCACCCUUCGUGCAUAUACUUCCUAGAAGAGAGAACACCAAGCUAUCAAAACCUACCAAUAAUUAUAUGAUUAAACACAGUGUUCCACGUAAUUUUUUUUUUCAGCUGCAGUAAUAGCUCCAGCCUUAACAUUUGUCUGGCAUCAGCUGUAACACCUGCUCUAGAUACAUCUGCACCGCCCAUUUUACUGCCUGCUGCAUCACAUGCCUCCGAGCCACCUUAAGCGUCUGCCUUAGUGCUUACUGCAGCGCCUGUGCCAUUGCAGCAACUGCUUCAGUACCACCUACAGCACCUGCUCCACUGCCCGCUGCAGCACCUGUAUUAGUGCCAGCUGUAUCAUUUUCCUUACUGCCAGGUGUAGCAACAAGUUUUCAGCCUGUGGUAGAAGAAAUAUUUUAGUUGAACUUUGAACAGGUUAUAGAAAAUGUAUAAUGGAUUUUACAUUUUAUUUCUAAGUAAAAUAAAAAAAAAAUCUUUUCUUUCACCUUUUUUUUUUUCAUUUUGUUCAUCAUCAUAUACAAGUAUGAGGUAGGGGUAUUAAAGAUUAACAUACGACGAAAACGAAGAAAAUUAAAUGUGUUAAUGCAUAUUACACACUUUAAUCCUCAACAUAUAACAUACAUAUGGUUUUCACCAAAAAGACGAGAUUAAAAAAUCAAAACCAAACGUGAAUCUAAAACCACUAGGCAUCUAAAGAAGACAGAAGUGAAAGAAAAAUGAAUAUUAGAGAAACGAACAAAUAAAAGCUGCUAGAUCGACUACUUUAAAAAAUACCAAUCGACAUGAAUUAUUUAACAUUAAAUGUAUAAGAAGACACCGAAUAUUUAGUUUGGAUCCACCCUAAAGACUGAUAAUGACAGCUGACAAUUAUUGGAACUUAAAAGAAAGAGUGAUAAUGAUAAAUGCUGAUCGUUUAAAAUAAAACUAUGGUAAAGUUAUAUGUGAAUUAAUCAAAAUUAGAAAUUAGAAAAAAACUAUAAAGCUGAACCAAGUGAACCAAGAUAACUGACCAAGAUGUCCCGUCAAAAACAGGAAUGUACACUAGGUUUCAAGAAAUUAUUAAUACAUUUCGAUAGUGUCAACCACGAAAGUAAACUAAUAAAUCACAAAAUCGACACAUACUGGUCCAGAAGUUAUCAAUGUAUCAGAACCCAAUCAGUCAAAACUUCAUGAGGAUAUAUCGAUAAAACAGAUUGUAUCUUUCGCUGUUCCAUUAGGAACUAUAUUAGGCCCAGAAUAUGUUUAGAAUAUUCGUAAAUGACCAUAGCUCAAAAUUGACCUCUUGUUCAAUACGCCGAUGAUUCAUAAUUUCUCCAAAGUGAUUCUGUAAACAACUUAGAUUAAUUGAUAAAAGGGCCCAAGACACUUUGACACAAAUGGCCUCAAGAUAAUUCCAAAAUGAAACAAGGUAGUCCCCAAAAAUAUCGCUAAAAUGCUUGUAAGCACUACCGUAAGAUAUGAAGCAUUUCCGUAAAAAAAUGGAGUACACACUGAUAGAUUCAUGACAUUUGAGACCCAUAUCGACAUCUAUGGAAAGCAAUGAGCACUUUAAUCUACCUACCCCACAUAAAAAAAAUAAAAUCCCUGCAAAAACGAGGAUCUCCUUUAUACAAACGACCAUAUGAGAUACAACAAAUAAAGAUAAAAUUAAAAGAUAAAAAUAAAAAGUUUGCUGCUUUGCUGAUCACAUAACCCUACAUAUGAAUAAACUGAUGGCUAAAUGUACAGUACAAAUGCAAUUAUGAUACUUGCAUACUGAUUCAUGAAAUAAUUCAAGGUUUUUAUCCAAGGUGGCUCUUAACUUUUCCAGCCGUAGGUAGCGCAACCUGUAUCCAAACAAAGGUAAACUCUUUGUAUAUCAAAAUAUCACAUAAAGAUACUGAGGCACGUCAGAUACAAACGCAUGGACCCAUUAUCUAGAACAAACUACCUCAUAACACCUGAAACAUUCUGAACUCAAAUACAUUAAAGAAAAAAAUAAAGAAACAUCUCUUAAAAUC